AUGGAGAAGGUAGAAAGGGCGCAUUAUUCUCCGCCGUGGGCGGAUACCAGCAUCAUUGGCGUCGCCGGCUCAUCCGGUAGCGGAAAGACGUCUCUAGCCGUCGAGAUUGUUUCCGCUCUAAAUUUGCCUUGGGUCGUCAUUCUCUCAAUGGACUCAUUCUACAAAGCGCUCACUCCGGAAGAAAACGCAAAAGCACAUCAGAACGAAUUUGAUUUCGAUGCUCCUCAGGCUAUCGAUUUUGAUCUCCUAACUGAGAAGCUUCGAGACAUCAAAGCUGGUCGCCUAAUGAAUGGAGAACCAGACAUCAUUGUCCCUCGUGGCAUUCAGAACCGCGUCGCCAUCGACAUGGUUGUUGGUAGAAUCCGGCAGACGCUAGAGGAGAAGUCCCGGCGACACCAAGCCGACCUCGAACAUCUUGGAAAGCAAGCCGAAGAUGAGCCACUCUCCGGAAAUGUGGCCAUCGUAAAUCACACCAUUCAGGUCAAAGGAAUGAGCACCAUCCUUCAGGACCCUCUGACCGACGACGUGGAUUUUAUCUUCUAUCUCGACCGUCUCACCACCAUUCUUAUCGAGCAAGCACUCGAGCACACGCAUUUCGCUUCUUUUGAGGUUGAAACACCCCAAGGGAAGCACUACCAUGGCGUAAGAUCUACGGGCGAAGUGUCCGCUGUUGUCAUAUUGAGGGGUGGAUCCUGCAUGGAAACUGGCUUGAGGCGUGUAAUACCUGAGUGCAAAGCAGGUCGAAUGCUGAUUCAAUCCUCGUACCGGACUGGUGAACCUGAACUGCAUUUUCUGAAACUCCCCGCAGACAUUGCGAGGCAUGAUGUCGUGAUGCUGUUGGAUCCACAAAUGAGUAGUGGAGGCGCGGCGUUGAUGGCUGUGAAGGUUCUGGUGGAUCAUGGAGUUGAGGAAGAGAAUGUUGUUUUUGUGACAAUGUUCGCUGGCAGGAUGGGAGUGAUGAGGUUGUUGAGGGUGUUUCCUGGGGUGAGAACUGUGGUUGUCGAGCUGGGAGAGGAUGGAGUCGAGAGAUGGGUUGAGAAAAGAUAUUUUGGAUGUUGA